CAGAGCGAGCUACUCAGAACAGCAAUAACAAUAAAACAGUUCGCUGUCGAGGCAGAGAAAUUGCUACAAUCUUUACAGUACUGUGUUCAACGUUGACCUUAUCGCAUCGAGUUAUUUUUUUGUUGUUUCGGUUUGCUGGUCCAAUGCUAAAAUUUCUUACCUGGGAUAGUGACCGAGCAAUUUUUCCUUCAGGAUCAAGGUAGUUCCUAGUUUUCCAAAAUCGGAAACGGGAGAACAUUCAAGUUUUUCAAUUUUCUAUCGUGAAAUAAUAUUUUGCAUCCUUAGCCUAUCGGGCGAUUAGCUUAUGAAGAGAUGACGCAUUGGUGAACUUCGAGAAAAGUGACAAGGAUUGAAUCCUAAUACAUUCCCAAGAAGGUGUUAGAAGAAAGUGCUUGUAUCUGAAUUUAAUCUAUUUCAAGGACAACGACAGACGAAAAGUGAACAUCGGGAUGAGUAUUCGAUAACGAGUACUUUGUACGUGCUCGUACCGACGAUGUGAUCAAGUAGUUGAGUGAAAUUAGUUUGAUUUGCAAAAAAAAACAAAUUUUCGAAGAAAAUUAAUUGUCUAUUGGUGAUCUACAAAAUUUUGGUUAACAUUUUUGUCAAAGAUUACCUUGAAAGCAGCUGAGUUGGCGCAGCGAGCAGCGAUAACCGAGAUAUUCAUCAGUGAAAAACUCCGGAAAUCGUGGAAGAAAUAAAGUAAAUGUGCUGGUAAUCAUGAUUGUGUGCCCUGUGGAUUUUGCACGCGAUACUAAUGUUCCAUCGAAUAGGUUUAAAACUGCGUCAGAUUAAAUGGAAGUAUGGUUCACAGGAGCAGUGUGUAGAAAUAUAUACUAGAUUUUGCAGAUAACUCCUGCUAAGGAAAAAAAGCAGAUAGUGGAUUUUUCAACGUAUUACAUUGUACGGAACAUAUUGGAAUUAUUUUCAGUAGAGAACAAAGGCAGAUAUUUGUGUGAGUCUAUCGAGGAAAAUUUCUGCACAUCCAAAAAAGAUUUGUGGUAUAAACAUGUUCAUCGCCUCUACGCUGUGCUGAAUGAUUUUAUGGCGAUUACAACGUACAACUUUUAGUGUUACUUCAACAUAAUUUCAUACCCGGUUAGGAUAGAGAAUAUUUCGACGUAAUUUCUAAGUAGACGAUAUACAGUUAGUAUUACACAAAGGCAAUAGAAUGGCCAAGUUCAGUGGAAAAAAAUGCCGCCUACUAACGGUGAUGACAUUGACGGUGUUCUUUUUCUUCGUGGAAAUUGUUGUUGGAUAUCUGACCAACUCGAUGGCACUAGUGGCCGACAGCUUUCACAUGCUGGGAGACAUUGCUGCACUAGUAAUCUCGUUUUUAUCAAUUAAGAUGUCACCAAAGAAAUGGUCCAAAAAUACGUUCGGUUGGGCCCGAGCUGAAGUUCUCGGUGCGCUGGUGAAUGCUGUGUUCCUUGUUGCGCUCUGCUUUAGCAUAACGAUAGAAGCCUGCAAAAGAUUUAUUGAAGUGGAGCACAUACACGAGCCGGAACUGCUGAUUUGGGUUGGUGUCAUUGGACUUCUAGUCAAUCUACUUGGGAUGUGUCUACUGCAUAAGCACGGAGGUGGACAUAUGCAUUCACAUGGUGGAUUAACUCAUCAGCAUGGACUCGGAGGCUCUCACGGGAAUAUCACACAUGUGACCAACUCGGAAGACAAUGAAAAUAAAUCGUUCAUGUAUCAGAACGGCAAUCCGAUUGAGAAAAGGUCACACCAUCACGGCCACUCUCACGAUUCCCAGAUGAAUAUGCGUGGUGCGUUUCUACAUGUGAUGAGUGAUGCUCUCGGUAGUGUAAUUGUGAUAGUCAGUGCUUUGGUUGUCCGUUUCACUGAGUGGGAAUACAAACUUUACAUGGAUCCGGCGCUAUCGAUUCUUCUGGUAAUACUGAUCCUGAAUUCAGUGUGGCCACUAUUACGUGAUUCGGCACUGAUUCUGCUGCAGACAGUACCAACCCACAUACAGGUUGAUGCCAUUCAGCGUCGUCUGUUAGAGAAGGUGGACGGUGUGCUAGCGGUUCACGAGUUCCAUGUUUGGCAACUGGCCGGCGAUCGGAUUAUCGCUUCGGCCCACAUCCGCUGCAGGAAUCUGUCAGAGUACAUGAAAAUUGCUGAGAAGGUUAAAGAGUUUUUCCAUCACGAAGGAAUUCAUUCGACGACGAUUCAACCAGAAUUUGUGGAAAUUGAAGCCUUGAAUAGCUACUCGGGUUCGGACGGAAUUUCAAACAGUAUGAACGGUAGUGCAACACAAGAUUGCUGUGCACUUGACUGUCCAACUACUGACGAAACUAGCUGUAUCAAAGCUACAUGCUGCCAAAAUAAUAAUACAAUUAAGAACCAACCAUCAUCACCAACUCCUUCUCCAUAUUUGUGCCGUCAAAGAAACUCUAGAGUUGGGAAUGACGUCGAAUCAGGUUCCCUUUUGGACCAAGCCAAUCAGACGUCAGGUGCAGCGGACACGGACGGUAACGGUAUGCCAAAGAUAACCGUCUGACAGCUGACGUUGGGCAGUAGCAACACCAAGCCUCAUGUUUCCCUGCAGCAACAGACUUGUACUUCUUCCUCUUCCUUGUACUUUUCAACCCGUCGUCACCCGUCGCUCUCGUCAUCUUUUUUCAAGAAAAACAAUCGUAGCGGUAGCGUGAAUUCGUGUGAACUACCGAUUUCCCCACUUACAGGCUGUGAUGGUCGUCGUAUAAUAUUUAAUCUAAGCUGUAAUAAUGUUAAUGAUAGUUACUGUGACCGACAGGGUUCAGCCAGUGACGCUGGCUUCGUUCCUAGCAGCGGUACCGCUAAAGUUAACGGCGAAAAACUACUAAAAUCGCCAAACAAUACCACCCAGUUGGUAAGAACCUCCUCGCUGACUUCCUCCCUGGCAUCAAUUUGUUCGCUUACGACGGGUGGUAGCGGAGAUGGCGCUAAUGUGGUGGAUUUUACUCCUAAUAAGGCAAACAAUCGUGUGGCACGGGUGCGACAUUAUGGUUUACAGGCGACAUCCAGUAGUUUGCUGGAGAGCUACGUGAAUGGUUUCGAUUCGCCCCUGCGGAAUCUGUACUGCCAGUGCAAGCAUCAUGUUGUUGUCGAGUGAGAGAUGCAUACGUAGCGAGAAUGUAGGAAAAAAAGGGGGGAGGGGUCUAGAAAGGGUGCGCAUACGGGAGAUCAAAGGAAGAGGACUAUAAUGUAGGUGUAGUUAGAUGAAAUGUUUAUCAUUUGGUUGAUGAAUUUUGUUCUUUUACUGGAAAAUAAGCGAUUAGGACUAGGUUGUUGAUAGAUAUCAAUGAAGAUUUUAUAUAAGACAGAGAAACACAAAGUAUUUUAUGUCGUAGAACAAUUAAAAUUCUAUAUCUUAUAUAA